CAUGAUGAAAGUACAAAUUAAGACCUAUAGUAGAUAGAAGAAGUCAAAUCGACAACAAAAACCCAAAGAAUUGCACAUCAUAGUCAUAUUAAAGGAUUGGGAUUAUCAGAGGAUGGCACAGCUUUAGAAAAUGCAUCUGGAAUGGUUGGAUAAUAAAUUGCCAGAGAAGUAAUACUAAUAUACUAAUAUUUAUAGGCUGCAGGAAUAUUUGUCGAUUUAGUCAAAUCUAAAAAGCUAGCAGGAAGAGCAUUACUUAUGGCUGGACCUCCAGGAACAGGAAAAACUGCAAUUGCAUUGGCGGUAGCAUAAGAAUUAGGAUCGAAAGUUCCAUUCUAUCCAAUGGUGGGUUCAGAAGUGUAUUCAGCUGAAGUGAAAAAGACAGAAAUACUAAUGGAGAAUUUUAGAAGAGCAAUUGGUUUAAGAAUUAAAGAAACAAAAGAAGUUUGGGAAGGUGAAGUUACAGAUUUGAAAACAGAAGAAAAAGAUGAUUAAACAGGGUAUUAAUAUAUUCUAAUGAUAAUUUAGAUAUGGUAAAGUAGUAUCAGCUGUAGUAAUUACAUUAAAAACAUCUAAGGGAUCAAAAACAUUGAAAUUAGAUCCUUCAAUUCAUGAAAACUUAACAAGAGAAAAAGUAACUAUUGGAGAUGUCAUCUAUAUUGAAGCUAAUAGUGGUAAUGUCAAAAGAGUAGGCAGAUGUGAUAUUUACAAUAGUGAAUAUGAUUUAGAAGCAGAAGAAUAUGUACCAUUACCAAAAGGUGAUGUACAUAAAAAGAAAGAAAUUGUUUAAGAUGUUACAUUACAUGAUUUGGAUGUAGCUAAUGCUAAACCAUAAGGAGGACAUGAUUUUGUUUCUUUAAUGAAUCAAUUAAAUAAAAAAAAGAAAACUGAUAUCACAGAUAAAUUAAGAGGAGAAAUUAAUAAAGUUGUGAGCAAAUAUAUUGAUUAAGGAGUUGCUGAAUUAGUUCCUGGUGUUUUAUUUAUAGAUGAAUGUCACAUGCUUGAUAUAGAGGCUUUUACAUUCUUAAAUAGAGCUUUAGAGUCUACUCUAGCUCCAAUUGUUAUUUUGGCUACCAAUAGAGGUUAAUCUUAAAUUAGAGGAACAGAUAUUGUUAGUCCUCAUGGAUUACCAGUUGAUUUAUUAGAUAGGUAUUAUUAUAAAUAUAUUAUUAUUAUUUAAGAUUAUUAAUUAUCAGAACAACUCCAUAUAAUUUAGAAGAUAUUAUUAAAAUAUUAGCCAUUAGAGCCUAGACAGAAGGCUUAAAAAUAUCUGAAGAAGCUUUAUAAGAUCUCAGUUAAAUAGGAAAUGAAGCUUCUUUAAGGUAUCUAUAUAGUUAAUAAUUAAUUUUAGAUUUGCUAUUCUUUUGCUCACUCCAGCAAAUAUACUUGCUUAAACUUCUGGAAGAGAUGAAAUUGGAAAAUAAGACAUUCAAGAAGUUCAUGAUUUAUUCCUACAUGCCAAAUAAAGUUCAAAGGUGUUAGAGCAACAAGCUGAUAAAUAUAUUAGUUGAU